AUGCAUCCUGAUUCUGGUGUCUCUGUCGCGGAACCACCCCCACUGCUUGCCAAAACACGAGUAUCAUCAACCUCUGCCUUCCUCUACUGUCCUGAUAGUGAAACCGACUGGAUUGGACUGGAAUUGGUUGACCUACCGCCAGCUGUUCCCCAUUUGAAUGUAAUGGGGCAGCCGUGCUACUUAGAACUGUGUAGUAGUGGUGGUGGUAGUUGUGGUGUCAUGUACAGAAGCACCUUCUGUGACAGUCGAAAUUCACGCAAGACAAUUUGCACCUUCAAAAUGGACACCGAUGACUAUGUCAACAUCACCUACCCUCUGGGUUUUGCCAUCGAACAAACAAUUCCAGAAAUGCAUUCACGAUGUAACGCCUCCUGCGAAUUGUGCGCGAAGGAAACGGGCAGUAGUGAGUUCACCAUGGAGGGGACCUUCAAUGGCGCCGGCAUAACUCGAAUAGUCUUCUCCGAUGGCAUUCAGCAGGCGACGCUCUUUAUCAAAAACGCCACCGAUGUUGAUCCAGUGAUAACACAAGAAGCGAAUGUGACAGAUCCGGCAAUACUGAAAAUCACAGAUUACGAAAUCGAAGCUGCUACAGUUGUCUCUUUGCCGUUUAUUACCAAGAAUCCUACAGCAACUGCCUAUGAGGUAGACAAAGCCGUACCCAACAUCUUCGGCCUGCCGACCUAUGCGGACUGCAAGUAUAGCUACGUGUGCAUAACAAAAACAGGUGGCAGUAGUGAGUUCACCAUGGAGGGGACCUUCAAUGGCGCCGGCAUAACUCGAAUAGUCUUCUCCGAUGGCAUUCAGCAGGCGACGCUCUUUAUCAAAAACGCCACCGAUGUUGAUCCAGUGAUAACACAAGAAGCGAAUGUGACAGAUCCGGCAAUACUGAAAAUCACAGAUUACGAAAUCGAAGCUGCUACAGUUGUCUCUUUGCCGUUUAUUACCAAGAAUCCUACAGCAACUGCCUAUGAGGUAGACAAAGCCGUACCCAACAUCUUCGGCCUGCCGACCUAUGCGGACUGCAAGUAUAGCUACGUGUGCAUAACAAAAACAGGUGCCUUUCUGCAAGUUUGA